AUGGUAAGCGCUCCUGGUAAGUCUAGAAUUUCUGUGGGAGUCAGAGUUGUCCUAGUUUCCCCAGAGAAGCAUGUGAUGCCUCGAGCCUACUCAUUGAUUGGGAAAUGUUCCAACAAUGUAGCCGAAUACAACAUGCUGCUUAUGGGACUUAGUUUUGUCGAAGAGCUGGGUGUCGAAUAUCUCAAAGCUUUUGGUGAUUCCCAACUAAUAAUCAACCAAAUACGUGGAGAGUACAAAGUCAGAAACCAGAGCCUGUUUCCAUACCACAAGGCGGACGUCGAGAUGACAUACUCUUUUGAAGGAUUUUUCAUUGAGUACAUCCCGCGUAUCCAAAAUGUAUAUGCAGAUGCACUGAUACCCCCCAGAAAGAAAUCCCGAGCAAGUUCAUCAUCUUCUGAUCCAUCUGAUACCGAUUAG